AUGCAAAUACAGCCAGAUAUCCUAGAGAACAAUCCACGAUCGAUGGCGAAGCAAGGUGUUGGUUCCAUGCUUGCAGUGGCGCUGGUCCUUGUCUCCUUGGCAGCAUUUCAUACAGAGUGCAGUGCUCACCGGGCAGCUAACCCCGACGGACAUACGAAAGGGGUGCAUUCCAUCGGCGUCUGCAACGGCGUGAUCGGCAACAACCUGCCGGCGCCCAGCGACGUGGUUAAGCUCUACAAAUCCAAGGGCAUCAACGCCAUGCGGAUCUACGCGCCAGAGAGCAACGUCCUCAAGGCGCUCAGCGGCACGGGCAUCGGACUCCUCAUGGACGUCGGCAACGGCGCGCUCCCCGGCCUCGCCAAUGACCCUUCCGCCGCGGCCGCCUGGGUCAAGGCCAACGUCCAGCCCUACCCGGGCGUCUCCUUCCGCUACAUCGCAGUCGGCAACGAGGUCAUGGACAGCGACGGCCAGAAGACCAUCCUACCGGCCAUGAAGAACCUCCAAGGGGCGCUCGCCGCGGCUGGCCUCGGCGGCCGCGUCAAGGUGUCCACGUCGGUGCGGUUCGACGUGGUCACCGACACCUUCCCGCCCUCCAACGGCGUGUUCGCGGACCUUGACUACAUGGGGCCCAUCCUGGACUUCCUCGUGAGCACCGGCGCGCCGCUGCUUGUCAACGUGUACCCCUACUUCGCCUACAAGGGCGACCCGCAGAACAUCAAGCUCAACUACGCCACCUUCGCGCCGGGCACCACCGUGAACGACGACGGCAACGGUCUGACCUACACCAACCUCUUCGACGCCAUGGUCGACUCCAUCUACGCCGCGCUGGAGGACGCCGAGACGCCCGGGGUGAAGGUCGUCGUGUCCGAGAGCGGUUGGCCGUCGGCCGGCGGGUUCGGGGCGACGGCGCAGAACGCGCAGGCGUACAACCAGGGGUUGAUCAAACAUGUCGGCGGGGGCACACCCAAGAGGCCUGGGCCGUUGGAGACGUACAUGUUUGCCAUGUUCAACGAGAACCAGAAGACAGGGGACCCGACAGAGAACCACUUUGGGCUGUUCAAUCCGGACAAGUCGCCGGCCUACUCCAUUAGUUUCUGA